UCGAGUCAAACUAAAACUUGUACCGUCAACAGUCUCAAAUUUGCCUUUGCAAGGUAUGGACCUGUUUAACACUGGAGAUCAGCUGCCAAAGUUUUCUGAGCCUUGGAAUUUUAGUGACGCUGUAUUGGUGGUAGAGGACAAGCGAUUUCAUGUGCACAGAUCCAUUCUGGCUAUCAGCUCACCUGUGUUCAACACAAUGUUCCAGUCAGGCUUUAAAGAAGCCACAUCAACUGAAAUUCCCCUCCCUGGGAAGAAGGCAGAAAAAAUUUAUGAAUUACUGUGUAUGAUAUAUCCAUUCCCUCUACAGAUUUCUGAUCAGCACGAUGUAAGAAGCCUUUUGGAGUUGUCCCGAGAAUACCAGAUAAGUAAACUAACUUCUCGCUGCGAGGAGCGUCUCUUACAGAAACAAAGCUCUGUUGAGCUGGUGAUCCUGGCGCAGGAAUUCUCGCUGAAGCGGCUGCUUGAAAAAUGCUUGGCCUCCCUCGCAAGAAUGAACUUUCAAGAGCUCAAGAACUGUCCAAAUUUCGACAACAUAGAAGCGGAGAAUCUAGUUUGCCUCUUAAAUAAUCAUCUUCGCUGGCUUAAGGAACAGCAUGCCCGUGAAAUUAGGCAACUGAGGGAACAAUUUUUGAAAGAGAAAGGCCGAGCCCUGGAGAUCGCUAACGAGCUGAACAGUUGUUGGGGAUAUAACAAACUGCCAAUCAGAGGUUGCGCAUGCGCAUCGUAUACCAAGUCAUGUGACAACUGUUGCACAGUCUUAGAAAAAUUUGUCAAGACAAAAUGCGGCGAACUUAUCGAGGCAUUGCAACAGAACGUGUAGAUUGAGGAAGUUAUUGUGGAACUCGAAGCUUU